CCGAUGAAGAAGGGGAAAGAUGGACUGCCCCAUCGACUUCAUGGGAUGUGUUUCACGUACAAGAUAUGUUUAUGGACUGUUUAAAGACGACUCCAUUCGGUCUCGUUGUUUGCCUCAAGCGUAUGGUUUUUAUUCUUAAAGAUAGGCUACAUUCCUGACUCCUUCAUUCGGAAGGAAUUUAAGAAGGGGAGCCUAGCUACUAAAACGGACAGCGAGACUCGGUGCUCCGAAAUAUCCGAGACACCCACCACCACCCUUGCCAUGGAGCACUGAUGGCUUUUUGGAUUUAAUGGUAAAGCAAAAACGUGCAUAGCUAACUAAUUGUUUGGCGAAUGGAAUAAGCGCCUAACAUGCGUGUCCUACGCCGCAUAAUGAGAGUUCAAGCUGGUUAUAUGGGGGGACGGUACGCACCCAAGAAAGAAUACAACAAAGCGUCCUGUUAGAGGGAUGACGGCCACAGGAGCGGCCCGCGCAGGGGGCCCCCAGGGGCCCCCGCCCUCCCGCCGGGGCCUAGCCCGCUUCCGCUUCCGCCCCAGGAAGAGGAAGGAGGGGCCGGUCAGGGCCCGCCUGCGCAUCCGGUCCUCCCCGGGGGCCUUCCUGCUGCUGGGCGUGUUCGUGGUGACGCUGGGCGUGGUGUUGGCGGCGGUGGGGUACUGGCCCUAUCGGACGGCUCUGCUGGGCCAGGUGGGCGUGGACGUGGACCUCGGCCAGCCCCAGGUGGCCGGGUGGGGCCUGGGGGCCCGGGGGGGCCCCUUGUCCAGCGAGCGGCUCAAACUGCUGGGGCCCGUGCUGAUGGGCGUGGGGCUCUUCAUCCUCAUCUGCGCCAACAGCGUGCUGUACGAGAACCGCGACCGCGAGACGCGCCGUCUGCUGGCCGAGGCUCAGGCCGCCGUCUGCAGCGUCUCCGCCGCCGUGCCCGUCGAGGCGCCUCCCGGACGCGCCGUGCCCAAGCACUACCGCUGGGUGACCUCCCUGCCCACCGGCAACCUCGGCCUCCGCCACCUGGGGGUGCUGGUGGGCUCGGAGCCCGCUUUGCUACGGCUUCAGGCCGCGGAGAGCAAGUGGGCCGAGGUCCGAUGUCCGGCUUCGCUGUGGGCCGACGUGGGGCCCUUUAAAAAGUCCUCCUCGCCCCCUAUCUCGCUGCGCUCCGUCUGCUCGGACUCCUGCAGCUCCAACGAGCUCAACCUCACUGUGCUGACCACCGCGUCGCUCAUGUCCCCGCCCCCCGACGUAGACCCCUGUGAGGUCACGCCUCCCCCCAGACGCUGCUACAGCGUGGGCAGCAGAACUGAGCCCCGCCCUGAGAGGGGCGGAGUCCUCCGACAGGCGUCCAGCCCCCACGUGUGUCUGAACGUGCCGGACCUGCAGACCUGGACCCUGGGUGAGGACAAGGCCUCCAGCAAGCCCAGCGUGCAUUGCAGCUGGCCCCGGCUGGACCUCAGCGGUGCCCGGAGAUACCUGAAGCUGGAGAACAAGGAGGAUUCAGUGGACAGGCUACUGGAUCAGCUAGAGCAGCAGUAUUCCCGUCAGGAGACCAGCUACGGCUCUGGCCCCUUCCAGUGAGAGGCUCUCAAGACGGCCAUGUUGGUGAGGGGUUGUGAUGCCAAGGAAGCCAUCUUGGUGAGGGAGCCAUGUUGUUGAGGACCAUUCUUGGAGUUGCCACUGACCAGAUGGAAAUCUCUUCCUGGUGGAUUUAUGCAGUUACAGAGUCUGGGGAGCCAAUCAGUCUUUCUAAUUCAGUUUGGAGGAACUGCCCCCUUCAUUUAGUGCCCUUUAAUUCAGCUGGCCUGUUUUCUGGAUCCACCAAUCAGCAGGCCUGCGCAUUUCCUAAAGAGAAUAACUCUCACAGACGGGCCGAAUGCAGACUGCACUGGCGGGAGUCGAGGUGGAAUUGAUUUUGCGUUUUUCCUUUUUUGACAACCGCCGGGGUGGAACAAAGUGCAGGGCUCACGCUGUCGGGGGACCAGAAAUUGAUUGGACCGCCGGGCUUCUAGAAAGAACUGCAUGGGGGUUUUCCAUUAACGGGAGGAAUGGAUGUCGUCUCCGGUGCCAAAAAAAUGUCAGAUGCUCUCAAGGCACAGAGGGGGGAGACCGUCUCCGCUCUGUACGCGACACGAACAGAGCUGGUGGAGCAGGGAGCCCUGGGACACCCGGAGAGCGGCCGGGGACCACUGAGAGGAUUUGACUUUAGGACCAAAGCAGGUGUUUCAUACACCCCGGAUCUAUGCAGAAAUUGGGUCGUGUUCUCAAUCACUGUACACUCUCAGAAAUAAACAGCGGAGGUACAGUUUUGUUCUACAAGGAUCACGUUUCCCAGAUGUGCCCAGAAAGUACAGUUGCAUUUUCUUUGGGCACAAUUGAGUACAUUUUCCAAGCAAAAAAAAAAAACAUACAAAUGAACUAAUAUAUUGCUGGCUAGGGUUAUAAUUAUAUGCACCUAUAGGGUACUGCCCCAGGCAUUUUAGGUACCUUUUUAGGUACUUUUUGUACCUCAAUUUCUGAGAGUGUAUGCACUGUAUGUAUUUUGGUAAAUGUAUAAUUAUAUAUGAUAUGCAGUCCUUGGCAGAUGAACCAUGGAAGAUGCAAGAAGGCAUCUCUCCACCACCACCAGCAUGUCUUCCUUGCCCCCACUGUGCUCUACACCAGGCAAACCUUUUUUGUUUGUGGUCCCUGUGCAGUGCUCAUUCUUCACUGCGCUGUACACGACCGCCAUUUUGUAUUCUGAGCGGUACCUGCCAGCCUGAUAGGAGAUGUGAUGUUUACGACAGUGCUAGGCUAAUACUACUACUGCUGCUGU